GCCGCCCAAUCGGAGGGUGCCUUGCGAAGGAACCCUGAGCCUAUCGCAGAGGUGGUUCCUCUUCCGCUCCGGCAGUUUGAAACCGUCGGGGCCGGCGGCCAUCGCGGCCGGGGCCGCAGAUUUACUAUGUGCAGAAUGUCAUCUGAUGAGGAGAAAAGCACAAGUCCAGUUUUCCUAAAUGACUUUAUUCAGGACAGUUCUGUUUCUUCAGAUUCUCAGGAUGAAUAUGAAGAGCUGUUUCGUUAUUCUGUAGUGACUCCAAAGUUUGAGCAGUGUGUCUCAAAGUUGCCAGAACCUGCCUCAGAACGGAGACCAUCUGAAAGAGUUUCCAGGUUAACAGAUGAUGCCAGUCACCUCAAUACUCCAGUCUCAACAUCAGUGAAGCAGGCUGGUAUGGAACAACCUGCUCUUCCAGAAGCAUCUUCUUCCACACAUGGUCCAAGAGAAGUCAGCAAAACCACAGUGACUGAAUUAACUUCCCCAGAUGGAAAAGUCACUCAAAUAGAAAAUAUAGUUGAUCUCUGGAGUGGAAAUCUUAAGACAAAUAUUCUGACUGAACUGAAAAAUUGGGAACUGAAUUUGAUUCAACAACACAAGCUUCAAAUGAGACAAGAGAAAGAGAAACAUGCCACACAAGUGAAACAACUGCAGAAUGAGCUGGAAAACCUGAAAGAGUUACUUCAUACUUAUGAAAUCUCUAUUAGCAGGAAAGAUGAGGUAAUUACUAACUUGACCCAAGCAUUAGAAAAGCAAAAGGAGAGAGUAGUGUUGAUGAGAAAGUUUACACUGUGGCGGAUUCAGCAUGUUAAAGCCAAACAAGAGGAAUAUGCAAUUAGAAUGGCAGAUAGACAUUUCCAGACAACUUUGAUGAAGAAAGUGUGGGCCACAUGGCGCUCUGUUAUUGAAGAAAGAUGGAAAGACAAAGUAGCGAGAGCCUGUCAGUUAAGGGCAGAAAAUGUGUGUAUUCAGAUCACCAAUGAUUACGAAGCGAAAAUUGCAGAGUUAACUGCUGCUUUGGAACUGGCAAGAUCUGAGGUUCUGCGACUGCAUACUGAAAGAGAUCAGUAUGAAGACACCAUGAAGAAAGCCUUUAUGCGUGGUGUAUGUGCUUUGAAUCUGGAAGCAAUGACCAUGUUUCAAAGCAAGGACAGUAGGCCAGAUCCUGAUAUAGGAAGCAGGAGAAAUGAUCAUGCUACCACUGGUGCAGAAAGGCCACCUCCUUCACAAUAUAAUCAACCCUCACCACCACCUCCACCAGCAGCUGGUGUUCAGAUGGAAAACAUGUUUUGUUGCCACCUGGCUCAUGCAAGCACCCCUGAGACCAGGCUAGAUUCUGAUUCUCCAGUUAUCGUCACUAGCACGACAUCAGGAUCUGGUGUGACAUCAACGCAAAAACUGCCCAUUCCAAAAGUAAUAACAUCUGCACAACAGAAAGCAGGAAGAACAAUCACUGCUCGAAUCACAGGCCGAGCUGAUAUGGGACAAAAGUCCAGAGCUUCUGGGAGUUUAGCAGUAAUGGGAGUUGCUCCACCCAUGAGUUCAGUUAUUGUUGAGAAGCAUCAUCCAGUCACUCAGCAAACCAUAUCACAAGCCACUGCUGCCAAGUAUCCUCGAACUGUGCUUCAUUCUUCUGGCUCUACCACUUCGAGACCUGCAGGACAAGCUGGGCGAGUGCUUCCGAGCCAAACUCAUACCAGUGUUCAGUCAAUAAAAGUUGUUGACUGACUGAUGAUCUUUCUCACCAGCAGGGGUUUUUAAUCAAGGCAGAACAUCAUCUCAGGGUUUAAGUAUCCAUCUGAAUGGAUCUGGAAUGUCACCAUGAUUCUCAGAUGACCUGGAGUUCUAAAGGGCAAACUCUCCAUCACUAUACCAGGUGAAGCUGCAUCUCUCCUGAUACUGAGCCCGGCUGCAGAUGCACAGUUACAAGGAGCCACAGGCUCAUUUUCCCCUCUGCAAGCCUAGACCAUAUUUUCCAUGAAAGGUUUCUGGAAGCAGUGUUUAUCCUUCAAACCACGGAGCUUGGGAGCUUUACAGCUCUUCACCAAAACCAUCUGAUCUCUGCAAACUGCAGUUAUAGCAAUAUUAAAAGAAGGCUUCCUUUGUAGUUAGCUUUACUUAGCAAACAAAACUGGUAACAGGUGCUUUAUGCACCUCUGUAAGGAAGAUUAUAGAACAAAAAAAUAAAAUCCUUACAUGCAAUUUACCUUAUCCAUGGUCUUGAGAUUGCAGCCUGACUUCAGCAGCACUUCCACCAUCUCCACAUUGCCAAGAUCAGCUGCCAGGUGUAGAGGGGUUUCCUGCCUCUGGAAUUGAAGACACCAAAUAAAUGCAUUGAGUCAAACUUACUCCUAGAAAUAGCAUGCUCACAAGCUGAAUCUAAAAUAGAUUCACAACAAGAGGUGACCUUGGUGAGAAAAUACUGAACAGAGGGAAAUUAUUUAACUUCUGUGUGAUCUGCCAGUUUUGUAUCAGGCAGACAAGACAGCAUAUGGGAUCUCUGCAGGAAAACCAGGCAGAAGUUCCAGCUGUCUCAGGAAAGGGUUGCUGUUAUGCUCCUCUAAUGUACUGUAAACUAACAAGCUCAGUCUCUCCCUCCCUUCUUAAUGCAAUGUACAUUGGACAGAGGGCUUCAUGUGUCUGGCAACCCACACCCAUAUUAUCCUCUCAAGUAACCUUUUGCCUGCUGAAAUUCAUGCCAAGGCAACUGGAUAUCCACAUUUUUCAACAGUUCAUUAUGCCACAUCCACAACUGAACUUUUUACUCGGCCCUACCACAAAAUGAUGAUACACAGCAGAAGUCUACCUGCUCCAUAAUGGGUUCAGUGACCCUCAAACAACACACAUACAAAAUAAACCCCAAAACAAAAUCAUUAAACAAGGCCAAACCAUUAACAAGAAAUACAGCUACAAUGGCAUUCACCAUCAAGUAAAUCUUUGAGCCUGAAAGGAGGGUUGUAUAGUCUCUACAGAGCUACAUAUAUGCAAAUAUGUAUUUAUUUAUUUUUACACAGAAAUUAGAGUAAGAAAAUCCAGACAUCUGUGGGUGAAACACAGCAGCAAAUAAUGAAGUAAUUGUGGAAGCCUUGCAUAUAUGGCAAUAUUCCUUAGUAUGUUUCUUGGGACACAUUAUCCUUCUAAGAUGAAUGUUUUGCGCCUGUGCUUCUCUGACAUUGCAAGUUUACAUUCUGUAGGUCUGGUUAGAGAACUUCUUUGGCCUUAGGAUCUUAAUUAUAAUUUGCACACUAAGAAACACCAGGCUCAGGGUUCCAAUUAAAAGUCUCAUCAGUUAAUUUUACCAUUUACACUAUGAUCACACAAUCUCAUGUAUUCACCUUACUUAUUUAUUCCCAUACAUAAAAAGGGAUCUUUUUAUUCAUACACCUUUCUUUCCUGCAGAAAUUUAGGGAUAUGUAAGUACCUACUGUAGGCAACUCUGGCACGCUAGAGACAGAGUGCAAAAUAUUUCUAAAAGAUAAUGUUAAAGAAAUUUACAGAAUUCUCUGUUCUGUGUGACCAGAAAGUCUUGUCAUUAUACUUUACUCCAACCACUGUCUUCCACAAAAAGGUGUAUGAAUUAAUCUCUAGCAAUAAAAUGAACAGUGGGAAGGGGUGAACCACAGAUUUCUCAAAGACUCAUCCUUGUUAGUAUUGUGGGGAGCACCUCUACAUGUCAUGAGGGAGACCAGGCUGCAUUUCCCCAGCAGUGGGCCACAGUGCCCUGAAUGGGACUCGACAGGCCUGCUGGGACAGCCUUUCCACUGAGAUGGAUGGCUGAGAUGUAGGGCUGAUAGGAAGGGGGAAGAGAGAUUCUUGACGUCCCAUAGGUGGCAGGCCUGUCUGUACACAGUUGGACCAUUGGAGUCAGUUAUGGUCAGGAGGCAGUGUGUGUGAGCUCUGUACAAUCUUCUGCCAUAUGGACCACAGAUACUGGAUGUCACUGAGAUUUUUGGAGACUGAGUUGUUGUCACGUCACUGUAGUCCACUCUACUACCACUCCCUCAGAUAUUGGAUACCUUCUGUGGUAGUUUACUUGCCUUGCUGGUUUGCAGUAUCUUCUUUGAGGAGACACUUGGCAAUCAUGCUCAGUAAGAGCCAUCUCCAGAGACUUGUGAGUGGCUGCCUCUGUUAUGAUCCCUUUGUCAAUCCCUUAGUCUCUAGAGGUAGACUCCUCUGAGCUUCCCUACCUUCCUAAUGCUGAAGCAGUCAGGUAGCCAUGUGUUUACCUUGCUGAUAGAUGAUUACUUGCUGCCUACUUAACAGGUCAUUCAGAGAUGGACACCAGGUAGUUUUGCUUCUGUUGUCAUUCUUGUAUUUUCCCUCUCCUGUCCUGCUACAGGCCAGGCUGCCUCUUUUGAGUCUUCCCUCUUCUUCCCCUCAGCAGGAGCUGCUGUUUCUCUUUCUAACCAAACCAACAUCUACUUCCAUCAUCUCUCCUUGAGUUCAGGCACAAUUAUUAUAUUUGAGGGCUGGGUCUCUGGUUAAGCAAAGGUGUGACACCUUCAACUAAGUGAGUUUUCACUUAUGGUGGGUUCAGAACUUCUCAGUGUCCCUUUGCAUGCUCCUUGAUCAGGAAACCUUUUUCUUUUUCGAGGGCACUGGAUGGCAGCUCAGUAGGCAAGGGCCAGACCCAACACAGCAUUGGAAGUCCCUGUGUUUCAUCAGGGUGGGCAAGGCCCACCUUCAGAUUGUUAUGAAUUUGAAUAUGAAUAUGAAUUGUUAUCAAAAUUCAUAUUUAUUAGAAUAGAGAAAUAGAUUUAAGAUAGAUAUUAAGUAAAUAAGUAACACAGGGAUUGUGUCUGGACAUGUUCUCAGGGUAAAUGCCAAGGAAAGCAGUUUGUAAAAACAGCAAGAUACCAACACACAUACCAUACCGAUAGACCACAUUUACAUGUGAAACACAACGGGGAUCCUCGGUUUAAAUGUUGCAAGUACACAGGGAAUUAUGCCACUGGCAGUACAUCUGGAUACUCCCGACAGGAGGGGAGGAAGAACACACAUUAUUCAGAAUUUUGAAUUACUUCUGGGAAAUCUCUCAGUUUGUAAAAGGGAUUUCCAGUAAGAACUGAGUAUCGGGUAUUCAGGGUGAUAACAAGGAUAUCUCUCUCGGGAUGAGACUGUAAGCUUAGUCCUGUCUAGCACUAGACCAGAAGCCGAUGAAUUAUUCCCGAAGACAUUGAGGACCGGACCACCUUCCAUCAGAUAGCAUUCUACUAGACCGGAGAAACCUUUGGAACUUGUUUAAUUAUGAAAAGGACAAUGGACUUCCUAGCCCGUGGCAAGAAAACAGGAUAAAAACCUGCGUGGAGGAAGACCUAGCUGUGCCGCCGCACUCCGAAGCUGCCAGUGCUUGGGGUUGCUCAGCGCGUCACCCAGAGUCUAUUCCCGGGCUAGACUCUGUCCGAUCCGUGGCUUACCGAAAUUCUGUCAAUUUGCGCGAAAUAAAUUUUGUAUUUUGUUUUUAUAUCAUAAUUUGGCUCUUGCAAAUUAUUGAUAAAAUUAAAUUGGCAAUUUCAUUCAUAACAAGAUGGUAGAUUAAUUACUUGGGACUACAUUCCUGCUAAAGGCAUGAAAUCCCAAACCCUCGGAGGCAGUAAGAACCUCAGGCACAUGUGCAAUUCCUUUCACACAUGAUGCCACCUGAGAAUUGACUGCCUCUGGGCAAAUCCCUGUGUGGCAUUCCUGAUUAGCUGUUAAUUGUUACUCACAAUAAUCUUAAACCCUGCUCACAACACACACUAGUAUGAAGAGUGUGAUUUUGUGAGGAAAUUCAAGGAACUGUUACAAGAAACUGGGAGAGACGUGUCCUGGGGCAGAAGAAGGGGCAAAUGCUAUUCUUUGCUCUCUCAACAAAGCGCCUCUCCAAGAAGGAAAAUGAAAAGGUGUAAUUGUUGAUUUUCUCCAUGAGAUGGUCACCCAAGUACACCCAAGUGGCAUUGUAAGGCCCAAACCCACCAGAUCAGGCACAAGCCAGUGCUUCUAUCAUUGCCCUACCAGGCAAAGCAACACAAAGUGAUAUGCAACAUAGCAAAAGCAGAAAUGGACAUUAACAGUUACAGGAGGUUUUGUACAGCAAAGAAGGGAUCAAGCAUGACAGCACCAAAAUAAGUAUGGCACAUGUCAGUGGUGGACAUGAUCUACAGUGAACUGAUCUGAUCUACAGUGAACUGGCCGACAACUAAUCAGGCCUCCAAAGACCACUGACACCAAGCAGGCUGAAAGAGUCCUGGUUAAGGUAAGGAAGACAGGUGUAACUGUCCAAGGAUGGGCUCAAACCAGCAUCCUUUCAGUUAACAGCUGCUCACUGAUUGCACCACAGAGACCUGUGACCUUGUCAUUCGGUGUUGCUGUGUGGUUCAGCUCUGCUCUGCCCCUUCCCAGCCCCCUGAGCACCCCAGUUGAUUAAGGUGGGGGCACAGGGUAUGAAACAGAGAAUGCCUUGAUGCUGUGCAAGCAUUGUUCAACAACAGCUUUAACAGAGUUGUCUUACCAGCCCUGUUUUGGUCACAGAUCUAAAACACUGCACGUGGUGGGUUGCUUUAAGGAAAAAUAAACUUCUUUCCAGCCAAAUUACAUUCUGAACUGGCUUCCCUCUGAAGCCAGUACCAUUAGACAUUUCUGUCAUUUAUGAACCAUAACACUUGAACAAUACAUUACCCAAUCAUUUUCUGAGUAUACAGCAUUUUGCUAUCCUUAUCUUGCUCAAACAAUAUCAGCACAGCAUGUACCAGUGACUAAUACAUAUGUACACACACAAAAAGAUUAGGAUGGAACUGCCUCUUCCUUCCUAUUUUUGUACCCUGAGCUCAUAAGGAAAAAAAAUUCAAGCAAAACCCACAUAAUCU